AUGAGUUCCUAUUUUGUUAAUCCCCUAUUUUCCAAGUACAAAGGCGGCGAAACGUUGGAACCAACUUACUACGACUGCAGGUUUCCUCAGAGCGUUACCCGUAGCCACGCGCUGGUGUAUGGACCCGGAGCGGCAGCACCGGGAUUUCAACAUCCGUCCCACCACGUUCAGGACUUUUUCCACCACGGGACAUCUGGAAUCUCCAAUCCCGGAUACCAGCAAAACCCCUGCGCCUUGGCUUGCCAUGGAGACGCCACGAAAUUUUAUGGAUACGAAGCCCUUCCGAGGCAAUCUCUUUAUGGUACCCAGCAAGAGGGGAGUUUAGCGCAGUACCCAGACUGUAAAUCGUCCACUGGCACUAACCUCGGAGAAGGACAAGGCCACUUAAAUCAAAACUCGUCUCCCAGUCUCAUGUUUCCGUGGAUGAGACCUCACGCCCCGGGCAGACGCAGCGGACGACAGACCUACAGUCGCUACCAAACACUUGAACUGGAGAAGGAGUUUCUGUUCAACCCUUACCUUACACGCAAACGACGGAUCGAGGUGUCCCACGCGCUUGGCCUGACGGAGCGACAGGUAAAAAUUUGGUUUCAGAACCGGCGAAUGAAAUGGAAAAAAGAGAAUAACAAAGACAAGUUCCCGGGUCAGAGAGGAGAGGCCGAAGAGGAGGGCAACGAGGAUGGUGAAGUCGAAGAGAAGGAAGAGAAGGAAACGGAAGCGACAGAGGAGACUAAAGAGUGAUUUUAUGGUGUUUUUAUGGUUAUAUGGCUUAGAAAGGAGAGUUACAGCGAAUGAGCGAUGAGUGAUCGAGAGACAGAGACUGAAAAUCAUAAACUUUAUGACCACAGUUUAUUGAGUCAACAAGUGAGAAAAUCCCACAGAUACAACCGUUAAAAGCACCACUCUCUCCUAGCGUAUCCUCGAGACGGGACAAUCGAUACAAGAUGUCCUGUGGUACAGAAAUAGACACUCUUUUCGGUUGGAGCAAACGUAACCUACACCAUGUUCUGCUUUUGGAGAUGCUUUUGUUUGUGGGGGUGAAGAGGGCACAUAAAUAUUGAGAAUCUAUAGCUCCAUAGCUACUGUAUUGCGGCUCUGGGGCACCUUUAAAAAGAUAGCAUGAUUUUCAAUGGGACUGUAUACGUUUUCAAAACUAGGUUUGUUUUGUACACUAUGACUUGUUUUAAUCAUAAAACACAAUCAAAACCCAGAGAGGGCACACAUUGGAACCCAAACCUUUUUCAUGCCUACAUUUAAAAUCGUGUAAUGUAAAAUGACCCAGACAGUGAUAAAGCACUAGGCCUAUGAUAGAUUUGACCAAGACCUGUAUAAAAUGUAAAGUAGGCUGGACAUUCGAACAGCACUUAAAUAUGCGAUUUAUGAGCUUCACAAAGUGAAUAAUUAUAUGAAAUGCAUGAAAUGAAAAACAACGUAUGACAAUUGGUUUAAAUACCUGACUAUGAUGCGUGCUGCUCUCGAAGAAGAGUCAUCGACCAGAAAGCGUCGUUUCCUGUAGAUGUUUCUAAUCAUCAUUACCUGUAAUUGAUCAAGGUCUUAUUUGUAGUGGGUGUGCAGGGGGAGGUCAUUUUAAAAAUAUUUAGUAGAUGCUCAUAUUAGGAUUACCAGGGAACUGCAAUCGCUUGAAAAACGAUGCUACCUAAAACUGGGAAAUUGCAAUACAUCGCCUAUUGUGUGUGUGUGUGUGUUUUUUUUAAAUAAGGUAUUUCAUAGUAUCUGUAUUUACUUGUUCUAUCGCAUUUAAGUUAUAUUCUUUCCCAACCAAGUAUCUUAUCUUGAGAGAGCUUUGAGGGUGGGUGGAAGACGUUGUGAGCUCAAAGCCAGCUACCAGUUAGGUAAAAACGAAAAUCAAGGUCGCUCCCGAUCACUAACGUUAGUCGAUAGAGCUUUGCUUAUUUCGGUAUUUGUAAGGAUAUCCUGACUACUGUGCUGCUUUGAUUUUUAUAUAAAUUUGAUUUAUUCCCCAACAACUUAAACUGCCUAUAGAUAAACGCACAUUUCUGUGUAGACCAUCAUACAUACUGCAAUUCGAGUUAUUUUAAAUAAAGUAGAUAAAGAGAUUUAUUUUAUCGUGAUGUUAUAGCGUAGACUUUAAAUUGCACUGAAUAUACUCUUUAUGUACGUAUUCGUAUAUCUUGCUGUUCACAAUAUGCUCGUUUUGUUGUUGCUGUUUUUUAAAAGUGAAAUAACAGUUUCGUGUGACCACGCCAUUGUUGUUGAGAUAUAAACGAUAAUAAAAUUUGUCCUCUUCA